AGAGCCGCGGAUGAGCUGAGCGGGUGCCGCACGCGCGCGCUUAGGACCUUCAGAGAGAAACGCUCUCCAGGCGCCCAGUGGACUCCAUACUUCAGGAACCCCAAUUCCCACGGGGGCCUCACCGAAGGAAUCACGAAAUGCUCAGGGAAAGCAAGGGUCCCUGAAGAGGCGAAUGCUCCAGGGAAGCGCUCCCUCCUGACAACACAGAGAUUUCACUCGGGAAACGGGGGGGAACGUGGUGAAGCUCCUCUUCAAGUGGGGGACAACCCGGGAGAAGGCCCAUUGCUGAACCGAAGGCGAAGGGCGCUUCUGGGGUCUGCGAGAUUCAGAAGCACGUCCGGAGUCCGUCUGAAGCCCAGUUUUGUCAGCUCAGGCCCUAUCUCUGGGGGCACAUUCACAAGCAGUCACGGGCGACUUAAGAUGAGAGAGUUGUGCGGAAUGAAGGAGUCGGCCAUCGCCAGAGUAACGGGGUGGGGGUGGGAGAGGACGACUAAGUUCUGUCUCCAUAGAGACCGUGCCCGCCGAGCAGCAACAUUACUAAUGUUAGGCGCACCCAGACGGACAGCAAAGGUCCAGCGGGAGCCCACGAGUGAAGGUUGGCAAAGCUGCCCUGACCCGCGACCCAAAGCCCCGAUCCGCCUCCCCAAAAGCCUCGUGACCCUGAGGCGCGUCCCACCUCUGGGCCUGGCGCCUAGAAUAUUUAGGCCAGGUAAGAGGAAGGGCUAAAUUGGGGAAGGGGCCGGGGUCGCUGCCCUCACAAGUCCUGGUGGUCCAGGCACCAACCCAUGGCGCCCAAGAAAAAGCGCGGGCCGAGCGCAGGGAGCCAGCCAGGUGGUGCGGCGGCCGCGGGUGCCGAGCAGCCGCUAUCGGAGCGCGCGCAGUACCUGCAACGCGAACACGCGCUGCUCUCGGAGCAGCUGGACACCUGCGAGGAGAGCGUUGACCAGGUGCUGCGAGAGAACGCCUUCCUGGAGCGCGAGGCGCUGCGCCUGCGCGAGGAGAACCGGCUCUACGCCAGCUACGUGAGCGCGCGCGCCCAGCGCUGCGCCAAAGCCAUCGUCCGGCUGGACGAGCAGAACCGCGUGGACCUAGCGCAGAUCCACUGGCAGCGGGCGGAACUGGCCUCGCUCUACCACGGGCGCGAGGACGGGGUGCGCGCGCAGCUGUCGGAGAUGGAGGCGCGCGCGGCACAGAUGGCACAGCAGGUGCAAGAGCUGCAGCCCUACAAGGUGCUGCAGCUGGAGCAGCUGGCCCGGAUCCGGGCGCUGGAGCGCGAGCUGCUGCAUAUGCGCGUGGAGCACACGCAGCUGCUCCACCGCGUGAAGCGGCGCUUCCUGGAGGACAAGGCGGCCUUCGAGCGCGAGGCGCGUCAGCGCGUGCAGUCCCUGGCGCGGCGCGCGGAGCGGGAGGCGGCGCGCGCGCUUGUGGCGCACACGCAGGCCAUCAAAGCGGACAACGGACGCCUGCGGCAGGAGCUGCUGCUGCUGCUCCGCCGGACCCAGCUGCUGCACCACACGCGGCGCCAGCUGCUGGAACAGCGCGAGCAGCUGCGCCGCGAGCACGAGGACACGCGGGACCUGGCGCGUGUGCACGGCUGGCUGCGCAGGGGCCCCGGAGGCCCGCCGCUCUGGGAGCGGCCGGCCUUCUCCCAGCCCACCUCGCGCCCCGGGUCAUUAGCCGCCCCCAUAAGCCCGUCGCGCGCGGCCUCCCAGACCCCGUCUGUGGUACCGUCGCGCGCGGCCUCCCGGGCCUCGUCCGUGGUCCCGUCGCGCGAGGCUUCCCGGGUCCCCUCGUUGGUGCUAUCGAGCAUGGACUCCAGGGUCCCAUCGCUGGCCACUUCAAAGGACACUCUCCGCUCUACGAAGUCUGGCCCCAAGCUUCGCUCUGGCCUGUCCCGGGAUCGGGAUCCGGCUCUUCUCCCCCCACAGUCGGAGGACAGCGUGAUCGCUGAAGCUGCGGCAGAAGCCUCCCCGGGUAGAGCCUGAACCUGCAGAGAGUGAGGCCCGGGAGGCCCUAGUGUGGGCGAGUCAGGCGCGCAGGGCGCUUACGGGGAUAAUGCAAUGGUUAAUAAAGGCGUGGCCCCCAGGCGGCUCUGA